AUGGAUAAAUUGGACCAAUUGCUGGCAUUUGCCAAGGACAAUGGAGUUUCACUUCCACAAAAUGUUGGAUUUAAGAACGUGGAGGGGAAGGGUAUCUGUUGCAUUGCUAGUGAUGACAUAGAGCAAGCUGUCUUUCAAUUGCCCAGCCAUCUGAUAAUUACCAAGGAUCUUUCGAACAAACACUUUAGAGAUCAAGUGAAAAGCAAAGAACAUCACAAUACAUGGUUGAAACUGUUUUUGAGCAAGCUAAAGUUUUCAGAUGAGAUGAUCAUUUUGGAUAAUGAAAACAUCACAAAGCUAUUCAGACCAUACAUUAUGGCUUUACCAUCACAGGUAGAUUCUCCGUUGGGAUGGAAUCCAUCUGAGCUUGCUCUGCUGAAUGGGACAAACCUUUACACAUCUCUAAAGGAAAAGCUACAAUCGAUAUACGACGAAUGGUGGAAUGUCAUAGAGGGGACUUCUUUUCAAACGCGACAGUACAACAUUGAACAGCUCAGUAUUGAUGAAAUAUACGAGCAAAUAACGAGUAAAGUAUUUUCUGAGAAGAUUUUGGACUUCUUCUCUUUUCCAGCGUUCUUAUGGUCUCAUCUAAUGUUUACUUCAAGAGCGUUCCCAGAGAGAGUAAUAAACCCAUAUUGUGAUGAAUAUAAUGUGAUAUUAUUACCAGUAUUAGACCUUUUAAACCAUGAGAAUAGAUCAAAGAUUCAGUGGUCAUGUUCCAGUGAAGGAAGUUUUAUAUUUGAAAAACUCGAACCAGUUUCAAAAGGAACUGAAAUAUGCAAUAAUUACGGUGCUAAAGGAAACGAAGAGUUAUUAUAUGGAUAUGGAUUCGUAGUCGAUGGGAACGAAUUCGAUAACCUUGCAUUGAAACUCAAGUUGCCUUUACCAGUAGUUGAGAAGAUUUUAGCAGAUGGUUCUGUAUACCUUCCAACAUUUGAUGACUACACAACUUACGCUUUCGAUACAGUAAAGGAUACCCGUGGAAACCAGAAAAAGACAAACGAUACCAAACCAUUGAAAGCCCUGGAAAAUUUUGCUGAUGGAAUCCUUUAUUUUAUCAAUGCUGAUCUAGAAAAUUUGAAACCGUUAAUGGAUCUUUUCUCACUUCUGAGUAAAAACGAUAAUGAAAGUGCACUAUCAUUAAGAUGCCAACUGACAGCACUACAAUCGUUGAAGAAUGCAUUGAAACAAAAAUUGUACCUAAUAAUUGAUGCAGAACCAUUGGAAUCACAAAAGGAUUAUGCUACAUGUGAAUAUAGGAAACAAUGUGCGGCGAUUUACAAAUCCGGGCAAAUCUCGAUUCUAAAGGAUUCUAUCAAUAAUAUAAAGAGGUUACAAAAACACAUACUGACUGCCUACAAACCAUAUCUAGCAAGCAUAAAGAGCAUUAUGAAACAUGACCGGGAUUUUCAGAAAGACUAUCACGAACUAUACGACCAAACCAACAAUGCCGCACCGGCAGAUUUAAUAGAUGAAUUUGAAUAUGCAGUCGCCUGGUUGAUGGUGAGAACUCAAAAGCUCGCACGCAGCAAAGAAGCUUCCGAAUACCUCUGGGUACAAGAUCAAUUUACUAAUUACUUCUCACAUUACACCGAAGACUCUCAAAUUUCUAACGCAGGAAAAAGUCUACAUAACUAUUUCUUCCCCAAUGGUAACGAUAGAAUCUCAGUGAAAACCAUGGACUGUAUCGCAACUUUUAUCAAUAAUGAGACGUUCCUCAUGGAAUCAUCCGCUUCGAAUUCUGUGCCAGUAUUUACAAAGUGCAUAGACAUCCACUACUCCUAA